CGAGUGAGUUUGAUUUUGACUUGUUUCGAAAUUUCUUUUAGACGUUUGGAGAAGAAUUGGACUUUUCUGCUUGUUUGGUUGCGGGGAAUACUCUGCUAUCUAGUUGCGAUUCAGCCAUGGCGAUGAAUCACAAGCUCGCAAUGCACUUUGCUGCCAGGGAUGCAGAGGCUCUGGAGAGGGCGCAGCGAAGACAGGAGAGCCCUCUGACUGCUGCCACUUCCAAGUUUUCUGUUGACUUCGGUGACGCCAAGCAAGACAUUUUGUCGAAGCUCAACAACGCGAGCAGCGUGUCGGAGGCCAACGCGACCGAGUACUUUGACCAGCUGCUGCGACUGUGCCAGGAGCUGCAGAAGCUCGUCUCAUCAGCCGCUGGCUACCUGUCCAAGUUUGACUUGCGACAAGCACAGAAGGAUGUCAGUGACAUCCAAGCGGAAGUGCACGCGCUGCAGGGACAGAUCAUACCGCGCAAGCGCUUUGCCUUCAAAUCGCGCACCCGCCAACAGGCGUCCACCAGCGUGGACUCCGUGUCGCAGACUGGCUCUGUCGGCAGCGGCUCAACGACCCUCGAGUCCAUCGAUGGCACAGAUCUUCGCCAUCAGCCAGUCGCUGAGGGAGGCUCCUCAAAUGUUGACCUGACGGGCGGUGCCAAUUUCCAGGAUGUCACCUGCGGUCGCUCUGACCUGACAAACGAAGCUGUACUACUGGAGCAUGAUGAGGUUGUGCAGCAGGACGUGAUGUUGGCUCGGCUCAAGCGUUGCUGUGUGCGUAUUCACGGCGCGCCCUCCACACUACGACUGGUUGAUCUGCAAAACUGCACGAUUCUGUGUGGUCCAGUAGCUACCUCAGUAUUUCUGGAGAAGUGUGAAAACUGCUCACUUGUAUUCGCAUGUCAGCAGAUGAGGAUGCACGAGUCUACGUCGUGUGAUGUCUACCUGCACGUCACGAGCCGUGCCAUCAUCGAGGACUGCAGUGCCAUCCGGGUAGCGCCGUACAACUACCUGUACGAGCAGCUUUCCGAUCACUUCGAGCUGUCUGGCUUGAACCGCCAGUGCAACAACUGGCAGUCGGUGGACGACUUCAAGUGGCUGAGCAGCACGACGCCCUCGCCGAACUGGAGCGUUCUGCCGGAGAGCAAGCGCAGCAUCAGCUGGCGUACACCGCCGGCCGACCGCUCACCCUCCAAGCAGUGAAGCACACUACUAUCGGCCGCCACCGCUGCUGCAUCUUGUCAACCCACAAUUUGUUUUGCAAUACUGUUGCCUGGAGUGUGUGGCCAGGGCUUGGGCUAUAGCGCUAGAGCCUUUCAGAUUAUCCCCAUUUUUUAUCAGACAGGGUUUCUUAGAACACAGUUGAGCCGUCACAGGAGAAAAGUUGCCCGUUUGCAAGCUGAUUUUGCAGAUCGAAUCCCCCCCCCCCCCCCACACACACACACACACCUUCGACACUGCCACUGUGGCACACACUAAAUAGCUAGCUGGUAUUGUGAACAGCGGGGACGUCUCUCAACGACGCUGGCAACUCCUCUUGAUGGCGCUGCAUAGUUGACGUGAACUUCCUCGAAAGAAUGCAGAAGUUAAACUUAUUUCUCCAAUCUCCCGACAGCUAGCUAAAUAGCUACCUUAUUACCUUCUUAUAUUUUUAUGAGCGGUCAAAAGUUCCCGUAUUUCUUUUCCGACGCCGUAUUGCAAGCGGACCUGUUCGAGCCGGCAACUUGAAAUCCUACUUCAAAAAUAAGUAUAUGAGUAGACUUUUCGGUGGAGAAACUUGGUCAAUUGGAAGCUGUGCUAGCCUGCUUGGACCAUGCAUUGUCCUGCUGCAUUCCAUGCCUUGUGCCCAUGAUAAUCUGAAAGGCUCUAGCGCUAUAGCCCAAACCCUGGCCACACACUCCAGGCAACAGUGUUGCAAAAAAAAUUCUCUCAUUCUCUCAACUGCGCUGGCAACUCCUCUUGAUGGCGCUGCAUAGUUGACGUGAACUUCCUCGAAAGAAUGUCAAAAGUUCCCGUAUUUCUUUUCCGAUACCAUAUUGCAAGCGGACCUGUUCGAGCCGGCAACUUGAAAUCCUACUUCAAAAAUAAGUAUAUGAGUAAACUUUUCGGUGGAGAAACUUGGUCAAUUGGAAGCUGUGCUAGCCUGCUUGGACCAUGCAUUGUGCUGCUGUAUUCCAUGCCUUGUGCCCAUAUAUUUCGCUGCAUUCUUCUCCUGGGCUGGGCCCCUAUUCUUUUGUGGUGCUUCUGCAAGAGCGUUGCUUGAUUGAUCUCGCCUAUAUCUGACCGCUGGGAGAAAGUCCUCACUGGUACGCCCGUUCUGCUGUUUGCGGCUUAUCCCUUCUGUGUUGUUUUUUAUCUGCUUGACAUUCUCCUGCUUGUUCCAGCUCAUCAUCCGCUGGUGAAGUAGCAGUGCAUGUACAUCAUGGGAUAGUAUUUAUGAUUUUUGAAGUUUUUUCAA